AUGCGGCGAAAGCGAAGCAUUGACGCCCACCUAGGGGAUACCGUUGAAAACAAUCAGCCUGUUGGGGAGUAUGAUAACAACAUGGCUGACGAUAAUGUCAGUGAAGCUUUACGCUCAUUGCCCAGUCGAACAGCACGUAUCUGUUCGGCCCUUUUUUAUGGACUAUCGUCUUUUUUAAUCGUAAUAGUGAACAAGAGUGUGCUGACAACUUACAAAUUUCCUGCUUUUCAAGUUUUAGGCAUUGGUCAGAUGCUUGCAACAAUUGUAGUUUUAGCUGCAGCAAAAGAAUUCAAAAUUGUAUCAUUUCCAGAUUGCACUAGAGAGAUACCAGAUAAAAUAUGGCCACUGCCUCUUAUUUACAUGGGAAAUUUAGUAUUUGGUUUGGGAAGUACAAAACGUUUAAAUUUACCAAUGUUUACAGUUCUCAGGAGGUUUUCCAUACUUAUGACAAUGGUAGCUGAGUACUACGUUCUAGGUGUAAAUGCAUCUAGAAAAGUUCAAAUUGUAGUUUUUUCCAUGAUAUUUGGAGCCCUCAUUGCAGCAAGUGAUGACUUAGCAUUUGACAUGAUGGGGUAUACUUACAUACUAGUGAACAAUAUCUGCACAGCUGCUAAUGGAGUAUACAUGAAAAAGAAACUGGACGCUAAGGAGCUUGGUAAAUAUGGAUUGCUAUACUACAAUGCAUUAUUUAUGUUAUUACCAGCCUCAGUACUCGCCGUGACAACUGGUGAAAUGGAUAAAGCAUUGUCUUUCAACGACUGGACCAAUAAGUUCUUUAUUUUCCAAUUUCUUCUCUCCUGUAUAAUGGGUUUUAUAUUAAUGUAUGCCACCCUACUUUGUACAAAUUAUAAUUCAGCAUUAACAACAACAAUGGUUGGCUGUAUUAAGAACAUCGUAAUUACUUAUGUUGGUAUGAUAUUUGGUGGUGAUUAUAUAUUUAGCUUAACAAAUUUCCUGGGUCUAAAUAUUAGUGUUGCUGGUAGUUUAUUUUAUAGUUACCUUACAUUCUAUGAUAAUAGUGCAGCCAAAGCCAAGAUUGCGAAAGAACUGCCAUUAAUUAAUAGUAUUAAAUAA